AAACUGACGACUCAGUCCGAGGACUUCAGUAGGAAGUUGUACAUCUUCGCGGAGAAGAGCCAACGAUAUAUUUGUUUCAACGAGCGGUGGAAACCCAUCGGCUUGCCGAAGAAGAAGAAGAACCCGAGGUGUCAGUUCUACGAGGAUUACAACGGCUCGUACCUGACGUACAGAAGCGUGGUGAACAGUUCGCGAUACCUGGGCUUCAACAAGUUCGGCAAGCCGGUGAAGAACCGCGGCCGGCAGGAGUGCUUCAAUUUCAUCAAGUACAAUCCCCACGCGGACAUAAACCACCACAACAACCUGGUGAACGCGGACAUGGGCGGUAUGGACCCGUACGUGGUGUCGAGGAAACCGUCGCCGGUGAUGAGGGCCAGCAAGAACUUGCUGUCGCAGACCGACAGCACGAGGGAGAUCGUUCACACGACGCACCGUUACCGGCAUCGAAGUUGGAAGCUGCGCCCAGCCGAGAAGAUCUCCGCGUCGCGGAGACGACUCGAGAGCCCUCUGUUCGAGGCGAACAAGUAC